AAUCGGUGGUUUGAUUUUGUAUUAUUAGAUGGAAGAAAGGUUAUCAAAAGGAAAGACAGUGAUGCAGGCGAAGCAGGUAGAGCAUUGGAAGAGCUCAGAAGUUCCCUCUACAAUGAGCUUAGGACUUCAGAAGGAGCCAAGCGCCAACAGCAACGGUUUUGCGGACUAGUGGUGGCGAUGUCCUUCAAUUUCUUUGUUGCUGUUGGGAUUAUACUGACUAACAAACUAGUGAUGGGGAGAGUUGGAUUCAAUUUCCCAAUCUUCUUAACCUUAAUACAUUACUCCAUAGCAUGGAUCUUACUAGCAUUUUGCAAGACAAUGUCAUUGCUUCCAGUUUCCCCUCCUUCUAAAACUACUCCUUUCUCCUCUCUUUUCUCUUUGGGAGUUAUAAUGGCAUUUGCCUCUGGCCUUGCCAAUAGCAGCCUAAAGUAUAACAGCCCAUGGUGCAGUGUUGGUUUUUACCAAAUGGCUAAAAUCGCGGUCACUCCGACCAUCGUUUUUGCAGAAUUCAUUCUCUUCAGGAAAACCAUUUCUUUCAAAAAGGUUUUGGCUCUAGCAGUCGUGUUGGCAGGUGUAGCAGUAGCCACUGUAACCGAUUUAGAGUUCAAUGCUUUCGGUGCAUGUAUCGCCAUAGCAUGGAUAAUCCCGAGUGCUAUAAACAAAAUUCUCUGGUCUAAUUUACAACAAGACUCGCUUCCAAAUGCAUGCAGGCUGAUGUGGAAGACAACCCCAAUCACAAUUUUUUUUUUAUUAGCCUUAAUGCCAUGGUUGGAUCCACCAGGAGUGUUAUCAUUCAAAUGGGAUAUAAACAACUCAACAGCAGUUCUCACAUCAGCUCUACUUGGUUUCCUCUUACAAUGGUCUGGUGCUCUGGCUCUAGGAGCAACAUCUGCAACCUCUCAUGUGGUGUUGGGGCAAUUCAAAACAUGUGUGAUAGUUGUUGGAGGAUAUCUACUUUUCAAUUCGGAUCCGGGGUUCGUCAGCCUUUGUGGAGCUGUUGCUGCCUUGGGAGGAACGUCAGUUUACACAUCACUUAAUUUGAAAGAGACAAAUCAUCAAAGUUCAAGUAAGCAGCUGCCCACAUAAAUUCCUCUACCAAAGUCCAAAACCAGUGAAAAAGGCAGUGAAGGCUCAACAGUAACUAGUACUAGUAAUGUUGUGUAAAAAUUGUAGAAAGAACCACCCCAUUUUUCUCUUUAUUCUUCUAUUAUGCUCCAACAAAGGAAUUCUGGAUGCAUGUAAGAUUUCAGAUUUUGUAUAAACAAAGAAACAAAGACUGAAAGAA